UCGCGUCGUCUUCUUCAAAAGCCAUUUAUAUCCCCACCGAAAAUUCAGUCACUGGUAGGCGCGGCGGCUGCCGUAGUUCAUUUAUCGCUACUAAGCCACCAUUAAUGUCCGUGUUAUUACUUCCUAAGCUCUGUCAUCGUCGUUGUCGUCCGUCUUUUGUUAUUACAAUGAGCGCAGUGUUCAACUUCUACCUCGUCAUUGCCAUUUCCGGCGCGGUUUCCGCCUCGCCGCCGCUUAACUACCACUCGAUUUUCAGCUUCGGCGAUUCCCUCGCCGACACCGGAAACCUCCUCCUCUCCGGCGCCGUCAAAUUCCACGUCAUCGGCCAGCCGCCCUACGGCGAGACGUUCUUCAAACGCGCCACCGGCCGCUGCUCCAACGGCCGCCUCGUCAUCGACUUUAUCGCUGAGGCAUAUGGACUGCCUUACCUACCGCCGUACUUAGCCGUCGCCGGCCACAGCCGAGAAAAAAUCGAGCACGGAGUAAACUUCGCCGUCGCCGGAGCGACGGCAUUGGACGCCCGAUUCUUCUACGAGAGGAAGAUUGGGGCCAUCUUAUGGACCAACGACACUCUGAGAGUGCAGCUUGAGUGGUUCAGGAAGAUGAAACCGACGAUCUGCUCUACCAAACAAGACUGCGGGAGGUACUUUGAGAGAUCGCUGUUCAUGGUGGGGGAGAUCGGCGGUAAUGACUACAACUACCCUUUCUUUGUCGGCGGAACCAUGGCAGAGCUCAAAGCUAUGGUGCCAUUGGUGGUUGAAGCUAUUGCAGCCGCCACAUCUGUGUUGAUCGAGGAAGGUGCGACGGAGAUGGUGGUGCCGGGGAACUUGCCGAUCGGGUGCAACUCAGUUUAUCUGACGCUGUUCCGUACAGACAAAAAGGAAGCGUACGAUAAAAACGGGUGUCUGAAAGCCUACAAUGGCUUCUCCAAAUACCACAAUUCUCAGCUCAAGGCAGCCUUGGCGAAGCUGCGGCGGAAAUACCCUAAUGCGAAGAUCAGUUACGCAGACUAUUACGGCGCAGCUAAGAGAUUCUUCCACGCCCCCAAACAUUACGGGUUUACAGAGGGGGCAUUGGUGGCGUGCUGCGGAGGGGGUGGACCGUACAACUUCAACAACUCGGCGAGAUGCGGGCACGUCGGGUCGAAGGCGUGUCGGGAUCCGACAAGAUACGCGAAUUGGGAUGGAAUUCAUCUGACUGAGGAUGCUUACCGACAUAUUGCCAUGGCACUGCUUCAUGGCUCAUCUGCUUCCCCACCAUUUUCUUUUUCCCCUAAUUAAUUAAUUAAUUAAUGUUUUUUUACGUACAUUUGAUCUGUCUUCAUCGUCCUUCUUGAUCACCUUCAUCAUCGUACUUGCUCUGUGCUGUGACUCUGAUUCUUUUCAGACUUCCCUUUGAAUACAGUUACUGUUUUUUUGAAUGUUUCUUCACACCCCCUUGAGUUGCUGUCCUGAAAUA